AUGCAUAGUGACCCCGCCCUCAUAACACUCCCACUACAAGACCCAUCUUCAUCUUACCAUAUUCCCGCUCUGCUCUACAAGCAAGUCGAUUUUGAAGCGUCCUCCACCCGCCCAAACUGGGUUUUCUUCCAACACAAUCUCCCGAUUCUGCCAGCCGACGACAUCAAACCUCUCAAGCGUGCCCAUUUUAUACUUCCACAACUCGUUACAGUUUACCCUAUAUCCUCUGUCAACCCUCCAUCAACACCCACACUCAAAGAUGAGAAGCGGGCAAUCGAAGAGAGAGAGGCAGAGAGACGCAAGAGAGUUGUCAGAGGCAACUCUAUUAGUCCGAACGAAACGGAAGAAUGGUGGAAUUUAGAGAAGGUGGAAUCGUUCUACAGAGAGUGUUGCGCAUCAAGAGAGGAAGAAUCAGAUCCCGCGAUUUCUGCCGCCUUUAAGGGCCUGCCUCCUCCACGCCAUCCAUCAUCCAUGCCUCCUCAAACAACUUACACGCCAUACGUACCUCGUGCUCGCCGAGGUGUUGCAGCAGCACAACCUCUCCCGCUCUCGGCUUACCGAUGCUCGCCAUGUAUCAGCAAUGGCAUUGGGACUGGAGCUGCAACCAUGUAUAUAAUAUUACGUCCUUCCUUCAACUUCCACUGUCUGUCCUUGCUGCGAUUGCACUGA